UCGUCAGAAGCAACAGCAGCGGUAGCUCGGGUCAGUCAGUCCAGUCAGCAGUCAUCCACGCAUCUAUCUAUAUUCCCUUUUCUUAAAUUAGCCACUUUAAGCUUCGCGAUACCGCCCCCAAUUUCAGCGUCGGUACGGAGCCGCCAGGCCGGGACAGAGACGGAGAGAGAGGCCUCGGCCAUGGAAGCGCUCGGACCCGGCCCGCCUGCCCCUACCUCUCUGUUUCAGCCUCCACGGCGUCCCGGCCUUGGCACGGUGGGGAAACCCAUCCGGCUCCUUGCCAACCACUUCCAGGUGCAGAUUCCCAAGAUUGACGUCUAUCACUAUGAUAUCGACAUCAAGCCUGAGAAACGGCCUCGGAGGGUCAACAGGGAGGUGGUGGACACCAUGGUCCGGCACUUCAAGAUGCAGAUCUUUGGAGACCGACAGCCUGGCUAUGAUGGGAAGAGGAACAUGUACACAGCACAUCCACUGCCAAUAGGGAGAGACAGGGUGGAUCUGGAGGUGACCCUGCCUGGUGAGGGGAAGGAUCAGACGUUCAAGGUGUCUUUGCAGUGGGUGUCCGUGGUCAGUCUUCAGAUGCUGCUGGAAGCCCUCUCAGGCCACCUUAAUGAGGUCCCCGAAGACUCUGUUCAGGCUCUGGAUGUCAUCACACGCCAUCUGCCUUCCAUGAGGUACACUCCAGUGGGGCGUUCAUUUUUCUCCCCUCCGGAGGGCUAUUACCAUCCUCUUGGGGGAGGCAGGGAGGUGUGGUUUGGUUUCCAUCAGUCUGUCCGUCCUGCCAUGUGGAACAUGAUGCUCAACAUCGAUGUGUCAGCCACGGCGUUCUACCGCGCUCAGCCUGUGAUAGAGUUCAUGUGCGAGGUGCUUGAUAUACAGAACAUCAACGAACAGACCAAGCCCCUGACUGACUCGCAGCGCGUCAAAUUCACCAAGGAAAUAAGAGGCUUGAAAGUUGAGGUCACACAUUGCGGUCAGAUGAAGAGGAAGUAUCGUGUGUGCAAUGUCACACGCCGUCCUGCCAGCCACCAAACGUUCCCCUUACAGCUUGAGAACGGCCAAGCCAUGGAGUGCACAGUAGCUCAGUAUUUCAAGCAAAAGUACAAUCUGCAGCUCAAGUAUCCACAUUUACCCUGUCUGCAAGUAGGGCAGGAACAGAAGCACACCUAUCUUCCCCUGGAGGUCUGUAACAUUGUAGCAGGCCAGCGCUGUAUCAAGAAACUGACAGACAACCAGACGUCCACCAUGAUUAAAGCUACAGCUCGCUCAGCCCCCGACAGACAGGAAGAGAUCAGCAGACUGGUCAAAAGCAACAGCAUGGUCGGGGGCCCGGACCCUUACCUGAAGGAAUUUGGCAUUGUGGUGCACAAUGACAUGACAGAGGUGACGGGGCGUGUUCUCCCAGCGCCCAUGCUGCAGUAUGGGGGCCGGGUGAGUACAGACACAGGGAGGGACUGUGGCAGGGGACUCUCUCCGCAGAAUAAAACUGUGGCCACGCCCAACCAGGGCGUGUGGGACAUGAGAGGGAAGCAGUUCUACGCCGGCAUUGAGAUCAAGGUCUGGGCUGUGGCCUGUUUCGCCCCACAGAAACAGUGUCGGGAGGACCUGCUCAAGAGCUUCACUGACCAGCUGCGAAAGAUCUCAAAGGACGCUGGGAUGCCCAUUCAAGGCCAGCCAUGUUUCUGUAAAUACGCCCAAGGAGCUGACAGUGUGGAGCCGAUGUUCAAACACCUCAAAAUGUCUUAUGUAGGUCUGCAGCUGAUUGUGGUCAUUCUGCCCGGCAAAACCCCUGUCUAUGCUGAAGUAAAGCGGGUGGGAGACACUCUCCUUGGCAUGGCCACCCAGUGUGUCCAGGUGAAGAACGUGGUGAAAACGUCCCCUCAGACCCUCUCCAACCUCUGCCUCAAGAUCAAUGCCAAGCUGGGAGGCAUCAACAACGUCCUGGUGCCUCAUCAGAGGCCCUCUGUGUUCCAGCAGCCGGUCAUCUUCUUAGGCGCUGACGUGACACAUCCUCCAGCCGGUGAUGGGAAGAAGCCGUCCAUCGCGGCGGUGGUGGGCAGCAUGGACGGCCACCCCAGCAGAUACUGUGCGACAGUGCGAGUCCAGACGUCUCGACAAGAUAUGUCCCAGGAGCAGCUCUUCAGCCAGGAGGUAAUCCAAGACUUGACCAACAUGGUGCGGGAGCUGCUUAUCCAGUUCUACAAAUCCACGCGCUUCAAGCCCACACGUAUCAUCUAUUAUCGUGGCGGCGUGUCUGAGGGACAGAUGAAACAGGUGGCGUGGCCAGAGCUGAUAGCCAUCCGCAAGGCCUGUAUCAGUCUGGAGGAGGAUUAUAGGCCGGGCAUUACCUACAUUGUGGUCCAGAAACGUCACCACACUCGUCUCUUCUGCUCUGACAAAGCCGAGAGGGUUGGGAAGAGUGGUAAUGUCCCAGCUGGCACCACAGUGGACAGUACCAUCACGCAUCCGUCCGAGUUUGACUUCUACCUGUGCAGCCAUGCUGGGAUUCAGGGAACCAGCCGACCGUCCCACUACCACGUCCUGUGGGACGACAACUGCUUCACGGCCGACGAACUGCAGCUCCUCACCUACCAGCUGUGCCACACCUACGUCCGCUGCACUCGUUCAGUCUCCAUCCCAGCACCGGCCUACUACGCCAGGCUGGUGGCUUUCCGAGCCCGCUACCACCUGGUGGACAAAGACCAUGACAGUGCUGAAGGCAGCCAUGUGUCUGGCCAGAGUAACGGCCGGGACCCCCAGGCGCUGGCCAAGGCAGUUCAGAUCCACUAUGAUACCCAGCACACCAUGUACUUCGCCUGAGCUACGGCUCUUGGACAGGAGAAGCUGCUGUGUCUCGAUGUUCAGCAGUUUCUGUUUCAUGGAACAAUCUCCAACCAGCGUUCCCAGUUGAGCUGCCUUUCUAACCAGCAAUCCAGCACUGCGAAUCCUGAGGGUUCCCAGUGCACAAAGGAAAACAACGAAAAAACAAAAACAAACCAUACACACACACAUACUACAAGUUGAGCCAUUAUUUUUAGUUUGUUUUUGUUUUUUCUAUCUGAAUGUCUGCACUCUUGUGUUUGUAAGAUACACUGAGCAAGGGAGUGGAUUGGCACGAUCUGUGUCAGCACAACUCUUUAGCUCUCCCAGCUAAGCAGGACUCUUAUCUACUUUUACCUCAAAGCCCCUUUGGGCAAAAUCUGUCACAAGGUCUUGGGUUUAUCGGGUGGUGGGGAGGGAACUCUACGUGAAAAGAGAUGGAGGGGAGUUGACCUUUUGAGAAUGAUAUAUAUAUUUUUUUCCUUUUUAUGAGCGUGUGUUUUAACUUUUUCUCCUUUUACGGUCUUUUACAAGCGAGGUGACCUGGGUGUUCAUGCCCAUUAUUACUUUCCUCCCAUCUUAGCAAAGAAUACGCAAGUCUAUAUGUGUGUUUGUGAGUAUGUGAGUGAGUGAGAGUGUGUGUAUGUAUGUGUGUGAGUGUGUGUGUGUGUGUGUGUGUGUGUGUGUGUGUGUGUGCGCGUGCAUCUCUGUAUAUACAUGUACUGCUGUAUGAAAGUGUGUUUUACGUGUGCAUGUUUCAUGGCAGGCCACUGAAUUGUAAAGGGAAAUCAAGGAGAUAACUGCUGUAAAUGCCUCAGAUUUGUUGUUUUUAUAUUCACACAUACAGUACAAAUAAGCAUAUAUUUACAUCUAUAGAGCAACUUUGAGACAUAUGACUUAAACAGGCCUCAUAGAGGCCGGUGUGGGUAUUUGUAGCAGUCCUGGGUCACACAUUAAUCGAAAUGCUUUGAGCUACAUUUUGAACAUCGGUGCAUUAGCCUACUGCUAUUGCAAGACGGGUGGGAUCUGCACCUUUGGGGAGCCACCUGCUCCUUUUGUGCCUCAAAACAUCAUUGAAUCCCAGAAGAGCUAAGUACUGGAAUCCAUUUCAUGUAGAAAGUGCGGCCAGGUCUGAUGUGUAGCAGUGUAGUAACUGUGGUCUGGCCUGUGACUGGCUCAGCAUUGGGACCUGUUGAUUGGCUGAAGGCGUUAGACACAGAGUAUGGAGCAUGGUCUUAUCAGCCUUGCUCUCUGUGUGAAAAUCGGGAUCUUUAUUUUUCCUUGGACCUGAUUAUCUGAAAGAUUAUAUGAGGACACAGC